AAAAAAAAAAAAAUUGAAGAUCAGUAGGUGGUUGUACCUGAGAAGCAGACAAUUUGAAAAGUGAAGGAUGGAUAAUAACAAAAAAGCCACAGAUGAUAUAAGAAGGGUUAUUACUGUGCUAAAAGGAUGAUUCCCUGUCAUGUGUGUUGGAAGAUAUUUUCUGUAAUACAAAUUAUUAUCGUGGCCCAAAAAGACCCAUUGGAAGACUAGAGAAUAUCAAAAAAAAAAAAAAAAAAAAGAAGGCAAACAAAUACUGUGCGAAAGACCAUUUAAAUUGUUAUAUUGUUAUCAACCAUUUGUUCUGGUGUUUAAGAUUCCUGUCCCUCUUGCUCUCUCUCUCUCUCUCUCUCUUUCUCUCUCUUUGAUUUUUUUCCUUUGUAAUUAAACAAAAAAAAAAAAAAAACCAUAAUCCCAUCAAAAUAAAUUGAAGUUCUUGACCAUUAAACAUUUGCAACUUUUUCCUCAUUUGGCAGGUACAAAUUGUGUGAAAAAGGAGUUAAAAGAUGCUUUUCUGAGUUUUACAAACUUCCUGCAAAAAGGGAAGCUGUUGAAUUGAAUUACUUCCAUAAUUCAAGUUUCAGUUUCAGUAAUUUUGUAGAAAAGAAACUUGUUUUUUCAGCUUCAAAUGGAGAAUCUUUUUAAGCCAUAUGAUAAGGAAUUCAUGAAGAUGGCCAUGUUAAAGCAUGAGGAAACAUUCAAAGAGCAGGUAUAUGAACUUCAUCGUCUAUAUCAAAUUCAGAAGAUAUUGAUGCAAAAUAUCGAAAAGAACCGGUCUAAUCAAGAGAGGUGGAGCAUAAAGAAAGAAAUUUGCUUCCCUCAAAUAGAUCAUCAUCAUCAUCACCAACAUCAUGAUGAAGCACAGAGGAAACUGGAUUUAGAACAGCCUGCUGAGGAGUACAUUGCAGACUCCGAUGGAAAUGGAAUGGUAGAGAUGAUAGAUGAGAGUGAGAUUGAGCUGACACUGGGUCCGACAAGUUACAACAGCAGAAGAAGGAAAUCAGAAGCACAACUAACUUCAGAUUCAGGUCCAAGUUUCUCUUCUUCUUCAACCGGAUCCAGCCACAUAAACAGGACAAUUUCAUGGACCCAUCAUCAUCAUCAUCGGAUAAGGGAUACAACAAGACUAGGAGUGAAUGGCUGUGAACUUGGGCUCGUCCGAGUGACUGACACGACCUCAGGAUGCCAAAAUUCAAGUAAAAACAAUAUCGAUGUAGAAGAACAAUUAAGACAGGAGAGGCUGAAACAGUCUCCUUGGCUUUUCCAAGUUUUGAGCUUGAACAUGACUUGAUUUUUAAUUAAGGUCAAAUAUGAUAAGUUUUUUUUUUUUUUUUUUUUUUUUUUUUUUUUUUUUUUUUUUACUUCCUUAGGUUGUUUCUUAUCAACUAAUUGUGUGAUUGAUGGCUUGAGUGAAGUUUUCUGAUUAGCUUUUCUAAUGUAAUAGGGUCAUCAAUGUCAUGUAUAGAGAUUACUUUUCUCCUUGGCUUGGAAUUACUUUUCUCCUUGGCUUGGAAUGCCUCAAAUAAUUUUUUUUUUUUGGAAAAAAUAAUGACAUUUUUAUUCGUUACAGUUUUUCAAACCUAUCAAAAUCUGUGGUGAUGCCUUAUAUGUUGGCCAAAAACUGUAGAAAAUGUUCAAACAGAAGUUCACUGUAUUGGUUAAAAGAAACAGAAUAAGAUCUAGUAAUUUAAACCCCACUAUAGUCCUGCUUGAAUUUGAAUUAAUCCGCGGACCAUGCUUUAUAAGUAUGCAACCAGAUGUUUACUGUAAUUUUGAUUUGAUACCAUGGAAUAUUAGUCAUUUUUCUCAGCUUAUUCUUUCAAAUGUUAAAAAAAAACUAAA